ACACAUAGGCUACUAAUUAAGUUUUGUUUUAUUUCCGCGUGGUCGGAGUCGCGGGCGACAGCUAGUAUAAGACUUUUUUAUAAGACUCAAUAUCCACCAUUUAAUGUAGAUUUUCCACGAAGACCUUGUCUCCGAAGUGAGUCCCACUUGGAAGGAAACCUUCCGCACUUAGAAACUAGCUGCGUUGUACAUACCUGCUAGUGUAAAAAAUAUAAUACAUCUGAAUUAACAGAAAUAUCAUGAGUGUUUCCAGUAUUCUCUUGUAAUAUUUUCUAAACUGAACUUAAAAGAUUUGAAACCAUUUGCUUAUUAAUAAUAGCAUCCAGUAAAUAUAAUAAUUACAGAAGAGAGAGCAACAACUAAUAGAAUCAUAGAGCAGUUAUAUUUAUAAUAUUAGUAAGAUUUAGAGUGUGUACAUACAUGCACACAUGCAACUAUUGCACAACAAGGAGUGAGGAUGACAGCCAGCGUCCAUCGGGCGGCCGCGUGCCCGGUGUGCCGUCCUCGCGACCAACCUUCCUCGGGCGCACCAUAUACGUCCAACAAAUAGACAACGACACACUAUAAAUAGAUAACCACGACUAGAUCGUAUUCAUUCGAUAAUCGAUCGGAAAUGAAGUCAUUGCUUCUACUCUGUGUGAUCGCCGGGAGCCUCGAGCGGGCGCCGGGUGCGCUGGCACCGGGGCAGCUUCAACCUCCGCGCCUGCCGCCCGCCAGGUUUAGGUCGCAGCGCUUUGAGCUAGUUUCGACGACUGAACCAUCAGCCGAGCCGACUACUGAAUCCGCCGGAGGGCCGUACCCUGCCUCCGGGUGGAAGCCUGAUGGCGCGUCACUCGCGCUGCCCGAUGAGCGGGCGGCGGCGAGCGGCCCCUAUCCGCCCUCGGGGUGGUCGCCCGCAGGGAAACCUUUCCGUCUUCCCGGGGAGGGUCCACCGAGCACCAGAUACGGAACACCCGAUGACGUAUACGGCGUGCCCGACGAUACUUCCGCGGUACCUACCACAGACGCGCCCGCCACAGACACCCCGGAGCAAUUAAAGAUAGAAAAAAUAGAAGGUCCCGUGGAGGUCCUGAGGAGCGUGGGAACAUACUUUGUGCUGCUGCCCAGCGGGCAGCUGCAGCUGGUGAGGACAGCUGGCGCGCGGGGAGCUGCGGAGGGAGCGGGAGGCCCGGCGCGACUGCAGCUCGGCCGGCGCACGCCGCUGCUGGCGCUCGGACGGUAG